AUGUCGAGUUGGGUGGCGUUGAACAUCGAGCCCGACGAGGCCAUCGAAGAAGAGAUUGAUGAUACCAAGGAAAUUCAGAUCGAAGAAGCUCUCAAGCUAUAUCAGAAUGCCUUAAAACUGCAUUCACAGGGGCCGCAGUUCUACCCCCAAGCCGCAGAGGCUUAUGAAGCCCUCCUUAAUUCCGAGAUCUUCAAAUAUCCUGAAUCACUUUCCGAUUACAAGAGAUCUGCAUUGCAAGACGUCGAGGCGAGUUUCGCGGAAGCCCCCGAUGAUAUCGCCCCAGGGUCCGCAGAGUCAUUUGUGGAAUUCAACGUCAGCGACUCAACGUCAAGCACUCUGUUGCAGACAAUCUAUUUGUCCUAUAAGAACUAUGGGCAAUACACCCUGGAUUCUCUGCAAGCUUUCCUACAGAAUAACCCUCAGACGCCCGAUAAUGUCAAAGAAAUUUUGACCCAAGUCGGUGAGCGCACCCGGGCUGCAUUGGCAUCCUUUGCCGAAGCUCUGGAGCGAGAUGACACUGAUCUCAAUCUCUGGAGACGGGGCGCGAGGCUAGGUAGCGCUCUGCAGAGCUUCAGGUUAGCUCGCUUCUGUCUGGAGAGCGUUUUGGCAGACGAUGAAAAUCGCCUGGAAGUUCGUACGGACCAGUUAGGCUUGGACGAGACGUUCGCAGAAGGUAGACUUCGGGAAACACUCCAGACGCUCAACGAUCGGCUAUCUGUAUCUCAGGUUCCGCUAAAGAAACCGAAGAAGGCUCUUCUCAAGUUUCUCGAACGACAAAAGGAUCCAUACCCCUAUCUUCCCAACCUUCCCGAUGACCUGAACGAUGAGAAUUCCACCAGGAAUCCGCUUGCUCUCCAUGGCUCCCACCAGGAUCUAGCGCCCUCAUCUCAUACGUGGACUGCUGUCGGUGACUCGGUCCUUCAAGCUCUGGCAGAUACGGAUGAUGCCGUGGCUGGCUUCGCACCCGGUACCUCCAUCAGCUUCUCCUUGCCAGACGUCGACCCUGAAGCCCAAUCGUUGACGACCGCAGAGGAAGAUAACCUCCCAUCCUCCCAUUCCCAAGAUGUCGAACUUUAUUCCACCCAAGUCCAAGAUUUCGAAAGGUCUGCAAACUAUGAUGGAGCGGUAGCGCCCACGACUCCUGUUAAAGUCCAGGUCCCUGGGCCAACCUCAGAGCAGGCUGAUGACCAAUCUUCCGUUGACCAACACCUCGAGAAGCAGCUAUUGGAGUCGUUGGAAAAUCAAUCUGCGAGACAACAUGACGAACUUACUGCGCAAGAGGCCCCGAAUCGCGACGAAGUUGAACCCCACCCAGCAAGCGCUGGCCGGAAGAGAUCAUCUGCGUCUGCUGCCAACGACGACUACCAAGCGGAACCCACUAGGACUAAAAGCAGAAGAACUCGUUUGCGCGAAUCGAAUGCGGAGGCAUCGUUGCAAUCCGAUGAAGUUCCAUUCGAUCAAACGAAGUACUUUGAGGAUCGCCUGCAAGUUUACAUCGAGGCUGAUGAGUGGAUGUUUGCAACUGCGAGACCUCUUCUAUCUAAAAUCGGUGUUGAGGAGCUGGAAAACAUCGAUGAGUUGAGAAAGUUGAAUUGUUCCAGCUUGAAAAUCGCAUCAGACGAUACGAAUGAUUCGCCCAUGUCAGCCGAACAAGUACUCCGCCGGGAUUUGGGCGACAUUGUUAAGAGUUGGGACGAGGCAAAAUCUCAGGCAAUCUUACAAGAUGAUAACACAGCCAAUGUUCGGGACAUGAAAGCCAUGGAUAGGUCUGGAUUGGCCAUUUUUCUAGACCAUUCGAGAAAAUCAAUCCGAAAGCCGGGGUCGAAACCCACCUUUACCGGAGAUCGGGAAUUAUUCACGUUCCUCAAGGGGAUCAACGAAGAAAAGCUCAAUCUUCAUGAAGUAGCGUUCGCUUGGCUCAAAUGUCUCUUAAUGCCAGGGUACGGACAACUUGCGCCGAAACCCUCAAGAAAAGGCAUACCUGCAGAGUCAACGUAUGUUGCCUUUCAAUGGCCAGGCGCACUCAAGGAGAAUGUGGUAAAGAUGUCGAUUCACGAUGAUGAAUACAUCCAUAAAAGAGCAUCCGAACAUGUACAGGAAACAGAAGAUCAGAUACUCCGCCAUGCUUCUGGUUCUCCAUUCAAAUAUUCGCAUGAGCAUCUUGCCUAUAUGGAGAUGAUCCAAACGAUCUUUGAGAUUCAUCUUGAAGUCUACGCCUCCAUCAACAAUCCGAACAGCGAGGUUGAUCAGAAAACAAGGGUCCUACAAAAAGAUCGUCUAAUGAGAUGGAGCAUGCUAGCGCGGACAGCUCUGACCCAUUACUUGGAUUAUAGUUCAUCAAGCAAAAACAAACAAUACAUGACCAUCAUUCGUCAUCUGUGGGCGUCGACGUAUCAUUCGAAUAUGGAGCCGGAUGUUCAUCGAGAACAUGUGCUGUUGUGCCUUCACGAGCUGAAGGAGGUCCUGAUUCGUUCAAACAUUCCAGUGAUUUAUCUUGUGAACAACGCUAUCAUGCCUGAGUUGUCAGCUGCGGCUAUCGACCAGGAACUUUCGAAGUUGAACUCUAUGGAUUUCUUCAUGAAGAUUUUCAGCCCUGCUUCAGAGGAUCCCGUUGAACUCAUUGAAACUAUUGAACCGAUUCUUGAGCCCUCAUCUGUUGAGAUCAUGGAAGAGGAAAAUCCAGACCAUACAGAGGUUGCACCGUCAAAUUCACAACUAGCGGAGAUGCGCUCGUUUCUAGACCGAGGGGACGCUACGCUGCGGCUGUUUCUGUGGCGAAGACUCCAGGAUGCUUAUCAGGCAAUUGACUACCCACCCAAGGUAGUUUCCUGCCAUCUACGCUGUGUCGAGACGAUAAUCAAAGAGCUUCUCAGCCCUUCGCAUCUUGAAGAGCCUCUGGAUCAUCGCGAGGUCACAUUGAUCCGAUGGCUUAAAUCCCUGGGAAACAUUUUGAUCAAGCUGGUAACACUUGUGCUUCAGCAACCUGACAAGGCGUAUGAGUGUCUCGAUAUGGCUCAUCUCAAAUCGUCGAUGUCGUCUUUGGCCGUCUUGAUGAACCUUUUACAUAGCUUUGUGCUCUACGAAGAUUCAGUACGUGUGGGCCAAACACCAUCCCCCUCUGUGCGUGGCGCUUUAUCCAAAUCUCUGGAGAACUUUAGAGAAAAACUGCGAGAGAUGGUCGUUCGCUGUUGGAUUCUUCAGUAUACUCUCCUCAAGGAAGCAAUCGCCCAAAACCAUGACCUCUUUGAGAACCCCCUUGAGGAUCGCAUCCUUCUCUUGCGUUCAGUACACAAUGCGCUUGGCGCUCGCAAGAUGUGCAAACGCUCCUCCAAGCAAUUCCUCAAGCUGAUGAAAGCUGAACUCUUUAGCAUGGAAAGCAAGGAAGACUACGAGUAUGACAUUUGUCAAAUCCUUCAGGAUCUCUACGGUGUCAACUUAUCUCCUUCCGGAAUUCUCCUUUAUGACCAUGAGUGUCCACCAGAGAAGCUGGACCGUGCAACGGCUAUCAUGAUGAUUGAGUUUGUUAUGAAGUUAGCCAAACGCAUGAGCAUCAAGGACCUGUCAAAGUCAGAAUUGAAGUCCACUAUUGAAAAGAUACAGCAAGCGAUUGGCACAACGAAAUCACCACCACCCCUCACAUACAAUAAACGUAUCCUUUCCGCUUACCUGAAGUCACCGCUCAACCCAACAGACAUUUUUCGCGCUGUCAGGGGCGUCGCGGAUCUCUCGUUAAUCCCAGUAUCCACGGAGAGUGCGGCUAUUGCCCAGAAUGGAUGGUUUUUCCUCUUGGGGCAUGCGGCAUUGACAAAGUUUCGCUCUCAAAAGCGCUUGAAUCCAGUUCCUACUACCGACCUGGACGAUGCCGUCAGUUACUUCAGACAGGAUCUGGAGCACGGUACAGGAAGAUGGGAAUCGUGGUACCGGCUGGCCCAGACAUACGAUUCGAAGUUAGAGGAGGAUAUUACAUGGUCUGCAGACAAAAUUAACAACAACCGGACAGAACUGGUAACAUGGCAGCGGAAUGCAAUCCAUUGUUACGCAAUGGCCAUUGCGACGGCCAAAAGGAACGCGGACCCGACUGCGGAAACUCGAGGGAUUCUAUCUGAGCUCUAUACGGAUUUUGGUAUCCGUCUGUACUCGUCUUCGCGUGAACCCUUAUCCAUGAGCGCCUUCAGCCUGUCCGAUUAUACUCGCCCUUUCAGCAAUGAAGAAAGCCAGCAAAUGUAUCAAGGACAACCUUUCAGAGAGAUGAGGUUGUACUCUGUGUGGAAUCUGGCGAGCUACCUUCUGAAGCGCGCAACCAUCGACAAACCGAAGAGUUGGAUGAACCAUUACAUGUUAAGCAAGUGCCUUUGGAAAAUGUUUAGCUGUGAUGAUGCUGUCCGGGGCAAUUCCAAGCGUAUCAGUCUCGACGAUUUCUUAGAUUCGCUUCUUGACGCCAUCGACACUCUUCCUCAGCGCAAGGAUUCACGCUCGGAUCCUAUCUUCGAACCUCAUUACAAAUUGGUCUCUAUCAUCCACAAACUAGUUGAGCGAGGCACACUGACGCCCGCCGAAGGCAGCAAGACCCUAUUGGCAACCCCAUUAGCUCGGAAGGUGUCACCCCCUGAAGACAAGGCAGGCUGGAAGCCUUAUAUUAUGGAAGUGCUUCGACGCCUGAAACAUGCGGACAAGUCGAAUUGGCAUCACCGCAUGGCGGUUAGGGCUGCGCAUAUCACCUACGAUGACAGCAAGGAUGCUGCCUCCGCGGCAGCAGCCAAAGGCGAACUCACUCAGCAAAUAUUUACAAAGACAAUGACAAUCCAGGUCUGGAAACCCGAGUUCGAGCGGCCUGGUAGGCAUUUCGUCUAUACAACCCGAUAUGUUUACUUCUUUGUGAAUCUCCUUGACCAGCUCGAUGAUCGCGUGAACCUGGACCAGCUCCUGCGCCGAGUGCGAAAGAAGCAAGGCGAUUUCAUCAACCACCCGAAAUUGUGGGAGGACGUCUGCCUCACUUAUGCGAGAGUCAUACGCCGAGCAGGCAGCAUCAGCGAAGGGCAUGAGGAGCAGGUAUUCAAACCGAUCGGAUGGGAAGAAUUCGUCGCCAACACAGCCCGCCUGGAGAAUCUCCCGCAGCUCGCCCCGGACAGCUCCAUCCUCCUGGAACUGCUGCGGGACGCCAUCGAGCUGAAGAAACUCAACAACAACCUCAUGAAGGUCUCCCUGCUCGAAGACCUGAUCGCCGAUCUGUACUCGCGCCUCUACGAAAUCAACAUGCCCCAGGUCCUCGAGCAAGCCAACGAAGAAAAUAAGGGGAAGAUGAAAGUCGACCACCUCCUCAUGACCAGCGACGGCGCCGCCGACACCCCAACCCCACCAAACUCAGCGCCUGCCUCCGAAGCCCCAGCACCCCGCGGCCGCACCAAGGGCAUCGCCCGGCGCGACAUCCAAAAACGCGCCGAAACCAUCGUCAACCGCAAACUCGCCCCGCGCGCCCUGACCACGAAGACGCCCGCGCUCACAGAGGCCGAGCCGGCCGCGCCCUCCGAGCCGGCCGCAUCGACCACAAAAAAACCUCUCAAGCGCGAAGAUCUCGGAGCGGGCCCGCAGAGCGACAUCCCCCACAGUAUACAAGAUAGCGCUGACGACGAGAGCGAGCUCAGCGAGAUCGACGAUGAAAAGUUGUCCAAGCUCGCUUUGGAGCGCAAGCUGCUAUUUCCGAAUCUGCGGGAUCGGCUCUCGCCGGACCCGGAGUCUGAAAUGUCCGUACCUGCCAGCGUUGAUGGGGAUAUAGCAGACGAGGCAGGCGAUGGGGAUGCCGAUCUAGGUGAUGGUGAUGGUGAUGAAGGUGAAGGUGAAGGGGAUGGUGACGUCGAAGGUGAUGGAGAAGAAGGCGAGGAGGGUGUAGAGGCCGAGGGUGACGAGGCAGAUCCCGAAGAAGAUGAGGAGCUGGAUGGGGACGAGGAGGACAACGGCGACGAGUGCGACAAUCUGCAAGAUAUGGAAGAUGCAGGAGAAGAUCCCGAGGCCACCGAAAUGCAUGAAAAAGAGCAUGCUUCCGAGCCUGAGCCGAUGGAGACUUGA